GAUUUUCCCAGACUUUUGUCUAAGCGUCAUGGUUGAGCAUGUUGGCUGUCAUGAUCUAUACGAGGCCCAGCCGCCGGAUAAAGCUUGCCCGAAUUUGUCAUGGAAAGUUCGGGCGCGGAAUCCACCAUGCAGCCCACAGCAGAGGAUUACCUAGAGCAACCCGGCUCGGACGAGAAACCCGACUACGAUCCUUAUCUGAUAGAUUCUUUCGAAGAGGGAGACCCUGCGAAUCCACAGAACUGGAGCAAGCUGCAGCGAUGGUAUCUUACCGUCUUCUCAGGCCUCUUGGUACUGAAUGCAACAUUCGCGAGCGCUGCGCCUUCUGGAAUCGCCCCUCUGUUGGCAGAGCAUUACCAUCUCUCGGCAGAGGGGACGACUUUGGCCCUCUCUCUUUUCAUCACUGGUUAUAUCGUGGGGCCUAUGCUCUGGGGACCUUUAAGUGAACAACUGGGAAGGCGGCCUAUUGCGAUCUAUCCAUUUAUUAUAUAUACGAUCUUUCAAGUGGCUGCGGCCUUGGCGAACAACGCAGCCUCACUUCUGAUCUUCCGUUUUAUCGGCGGGAUGUUUGCUGCCGCUCCUCUCACCAAUUCGGGUGCCAUCAUUGCCGAUGUGUGGGAUGCCAGCACACGAGGCAAGGCAUUAGCUCUUUUUACCCUAGCGCCCUUUGCUGGCAAGUUCUUUUUCACUGAGUGGUAUGGUCCGUAACCGGACUCAGGCCCCGCUGUCGGCCCAACCGUAGCAGGAUUCAUCGCCGUGACCGGCACAGACUUUCACUGGAUCUUUUGGAUCCAAGCUAUCUUUGCAGCUGUUUGCACUAUCCUGGCAUUUUUUACCGUCCCGGAAACAUAUGUGUAAGGGCAUUUGGCUGCGAUUGAUUCGUCGUCUCGAAUGCUGCUACAGGCCGGUCCUUUUGGUGGCUGCGGCUGCAAAGAAGCGGGAUGAAACAGGCGAUGCUAAAUACUAUGCUCGCCUCGAAACUGCCAAAGUUUCGAUGGCAGAGAGAUUUGAAAGCAUCGUGGCUCGGCCUUUCAAGGUCUUGGGGACUGAGCCUAUGCUGAUCGUCCUCACGUUUUACAUGAGCUUCGUUUAUGGAUGCCUAUAUCUCUUAUUCGAGGCAUAUCCGAUUGUUUUCACACGAGGCCAUGGUUUGAAUCCUGGCGUGUCUGGCCUGACGUUCUUUCCAAUCUUGCUCGGUGGUGUCGCUGGUGUCAUGCUCUCGAUUAUUGUUUUCAACCCGCGUUACGAGAAGAAAGUGGCGGAGCUUGCGCCGGCUCCCGUUCCUCCGGAAUUCCGUCUAGAAAUGACAUUGCUAGCUGCUCCCCUAUACGCGAUAUCGUUCUUUUGGUUUGGAUGGACGUCAUAUCCUAGCAUCAGCCUGUGGGCUCCCAUGAUGUCUGGAGGGAUUAUGGGACUUGCUAUCAAUGGCAUUUUCCUCUCUCUUUUCAAUUAUAUCAUAGACACAUAUCUCCAUGUCGCAGCCACAGCUCUUGCGGCAAACACCAUCAUCCGCUCCAUCUUCGGUGCUGUCUUUCCACUUUUCGCAACACAGAUGUUCGAUGGCCUUGGCCCCCAGUGGGCUGCGUCGGUGCUCGGUUUUGUCGCGCUGGCCAUGGUUCCUGUGCCCAUCGUUCUCAUCAGGUAUGGUCCCUACCUUCGUUCAAAAUCUCGGCAUGCGCCGACCUGAGCAGCAACACGGUAUUCCCGAGACUCUCAUACAGUAUAUUACAUAGCACACAUUCGUUAGAUUUGUUCCGCAUCCGCCUUGUUCUGCCCGUUUCUCCCACUUUGCUGGCCUAAGCGGACAGGUGAACACUGGCCAUCAUGAGCCAUCACACCGUGACAUGUGACGUGACAUUCUCACUCGCCGCUUUCCACUACCAUGCCGCCGUUAGCUCUGCAAGGGACUGUCAUCAGAGUGGGCCGCAUGCAAAAGACGGCCACUGUGUUGGUAUCACGUUGGGCGUCCCACAAGCUGACCGGCAAGGUGCUGAGCAUCACGGCAAACGCCUGUUCCAAAUUCUGAACUGUCUGCAGCGAAUGGAGAGGUCCAAAAAGUAUCACACGCAUGAUGAACACAACAGUGAGUCGGACGUAUCCGGCGCUUCGCCAGCACUAACUACGCGCGCGCGCACCGCCAGCCUUACGCAUGGACGACGUGGUCUUAAUUCGCAACUGCCCUCGCAUUACCAAGACGAAACACUUCAGACUCGAGCGGGUGCUGCAGAGUCCGGAGAAGGAACGGGAAGCCCGCAGGGCGGCGCUCGGUCACGCAGCAGCAGCAGCACCCGUCGCAGAGAUCCCCCCAAAAGCUUAAUCCACUCUCCCUCUGCGCGAAAGGCUGCCCCUCUUCAUGCCGUGAUGGCUGGCGCGGUCGUAUUCGGAGAGGCGGCCUGCUGGGCUUGCUGGAAGGCGGCUUGGAUCUCGACAAGCUAGGAGUGGUACAAUAUGAAGCAGAACGAGUAAUACUGGGCUGAGAAACACACCUCGUUUUUCUUGCUGUUCGACUUGUUUUGAAUAUCCUGUAACUGCGUCUCUACCCGUUUACUGCGCGGAAUCGAUUGAAUGGGAGUCGUCGGAGCGGUCAGUUCAAGCAUGCGUACAUCUCGCUCUUGAUGAACUCCAG